UGCUCACUCGCUCACUCUCUGGCUUGCCCCAGUCGAAUCCCUAGCUCGCCGCUGCCGCCGCCGCCUCUCCCUCGCACUCGUCGCCAGCGCCUCUCCGUCGCCCGUGUUGCCGGCGCCUCUCCGUCGCCCGCGUCGUUCUGCCUCUCCCUCACGCGUCGUCGCCGCCACUCCAUUGGCCCUCUCGUCCUCACCCCUUCAGGACCCCAUUUUUACUUUCCGAUAGGUGGAUCCGAAGCGCGGCGGCUCGACCUGCAACGGCGGCAGCUGCGGAUUCAUUGCUCCUGCGUGCACCGGGCGCUCCGCGGCCUCAUGUUCAGCAGCAGCAACAAGGCCAGCAACGGCUGGAGGGAGGUGCAGGGCAACUUCAUCCCCUUCUGCUGUUGCCCAAUGUCGAGGACGGUCCAGGAGCCGCCGCUCGUCCUGGCGGUGGACGACAGCCUCGUCGACUGCGUGGUCAUCUCCUGGAUCCUCCGCAGCUCCAAAUACAGAGCCAAUUCUGAAACGUUUGCAAGUCAGUUCAUCCUAUUAACCUCGCCUGAAUAAAUGUUCUGAAGUGUUUUAGGUGGACACAUUGCUGGAGCCGUGUGGCACUCCUAAUGGUCUCAAGCAUACUCCCGUAAAACAUUUGGAGUACAUUUGUUGGUUGAAGUACCAAGAUAUUGGUGGAACUUCAUUCAAGGAGUAAAACAUUUCCAGUACCAAGAUUGCAGUAAAUUUUGUGGAACUUCACUGCUUGAGACCAUGUUAAUGAUGAUGCUUGUGCAGUACCAAGAUUCAGUAUCAGUAGCCGAGUGUUGGUUGAAGUGACUGUUCAAUUGUUCAGUGUCCGUUUUGUUAUCUUCAUUUCAGAAAUUUAUCUUUCCAUUCCUUCUUCCUAUCCUUCAUGUAGAGACUAUACUGCUUUACUUCAGACAAGUUUUCUUUAAAACCAAAUGAAUUAGGACUUGCAUUUUAGUUUAAAGUUUAUGUGCCUAAUUUAAAGUUUAAUUUCCCAGUAGAUUUUGAAUGUCUUUUCUUGGUUCUCUACCAGAAAACACACUACUCCAUUUUCUGGUGAUACUUAUCUGGUGAUCACAAGAUAUAAAUCCACUAUUACCAGUACCAUUAUCUGGUGAUCACAGAACCAUUUGAAAAUGAUCAAAAUGUACUCCUUUUCAGUUAAUAUAGAGUACUGAAACUGAAAAUGUGCAUACUGAAACUGAAACUGAUCAAAUGGAGUACAAAACCAUUUGAAAACGACCAAGAUGAUCAAAAUGGUCAAAUGGAGUACUCCUCAAUUAACGUAGAGUAGUUACAGUAAUUAUCAUAUCAUCUUGCCCUCUUUAAUAGUCAAUCAACUGUCACUAAUCGAGUGUUGUUUACUCCAACAAUUAUCUUAUUUUUAAUUGUCACUCCUACAAGCAUUUCUUUCUCUUCUCUUUCUGGCUAAUCACUCCACACAAUUUAAAGAUCAUUCAAGUUCCUUUUGCAAAUUCAAGUUUUUGUAAUGAACUACUUAUAAGAUGGAGUAUGUUCCUUUUGCCUCCCUUGUUAAGCAGUAGUUGUAGAGUACUCCUUUUCAAGAUGUCACCAAGAGUGGCUCUGAAGCUGAGUUAUCACCAAGAGGGGUCGGCACAGAUUUGUCACCUCUUCAAGCGUCAUGGCAUGUCGGCGCUUGUCACCUCUUCUGGGCCAAAAUCUAACUUUGAAUCAUGCGACCAGUAUGAGCCAGAGCUAUUUCCUGGUUUGAUUUCUCCUGGGUGUACUAUGCUUUCUAGUGCCUGAUCUGAUGGCAAGAAUACUGUGUCGACGGUCAACCUGGACUGUAAAUUGGAUCUGAAAGCAAUAGCUCUCCAGGCAUGCAAUGCAGAGUAUAACCGCAAGGUGGAGGUGUAUUUGGAGAUGCCGAGCCACCCACACCUGCUGCAAUGGUAGCCAUUCUCUUGGCAAGCUAAGCUCCUGAAUGUGAGUAGGAAGUCAUGCUCCUGUUUGUGCGUGAUGGGUUUGCGGCAAGGGCGACGAACUUCAGAGUACAGAGACAGGUUGGCGUGAUUGGAGCGUCCGGUCCGGUGAACUCAGUGCACAUCUAGCUUCCACCUCCCGCGCUCCGGUCGUCAGCAGAGUGUGUAGAUGGAGUCCGCGGAGACGGAGACCAGCUUGUUGCUGCGUGGUUCGGGAUCUGGGCCAUCCAAUGACUCGACCGAGCUGCCGAUCUCACCGGAUUCGCCGGGUUUUGCAAGCCAUCCUGGAUCCAUGGGCCCGGUGCGAGAGGUCGUCGAAGAUGACCCGAGCGGCCGAUUCACAGACUUACUGGAUACAGUUGAAGGUGCUCUCCCAGACGGCAGUGAUUCAGAUGAGAAAAAGGCCAGCAGGGCGGAAAACAUGUACUCCCUCCGUUCCUAAAUAUAAGUCUUUGUAGAGAUUUCACUAUGGAACAUAUACGGAUGUAUCUAGAUGCAUUUUAGAGUAUAGAUUCACUCAUUUUACCCCGUAUGUGGUCCAUAGUGGAAUCUCUCCAAAGACUUAUAUUUAGGAACGGAGGAAGUAUGUAGUGAUGGACGACAAGAUUGGCUGGGUUAGCAGGAAACGGAGGGAUGCCAUGCCAGACGAGAGAUCAACAAGUGCAAACAGGGUCACCGCGCUGGAAAAAGCACUAACCGGGUUUGCGGAUAGGGAUUCAGAAACAGUCGUGACCCCGUCAGUCGGGCUGACAUUUGAUUCAAUAAUCGAAGCAUACAAGUUCUACAACCUGUACUCUUGGGAAACUGGAUUUGGGGUUCGUUAUGCAAAGAGAAGGACUAAUGUAAAAAGGGACAAAAUGCAUGCAGGAGUUCGUCUGCUGCUGCUCGGGCAAGCCAAAAGAAGCAAAUUCGAAAUCUUCACGAUGCCAAUGCCAGGCCAUGAUAAGGCUUCUAUGAACUGAUGAUGAAGGAUGGUACAUCAACGAAUUCAGGUCCAAUCACAACCACCCCAUGCUGAACACUUGUGCUGAGAAGUUGCAUUUCCCUCGCAUAGACAUAUUGACAAAUACACAUGAGAGAUGGUUUCCCAACUGAGACAGAACAAUGUAAACCUGAGCAAAGUUUAUAGUAUAAUCGCAACAUUUUUUGGUAGAAUUGAGAAUGUGCCAUUCACCAAGAGAUGUUUAAGGACUCUGUGCGGAAAGCUCAGCAGAGAGAAGGCUGAUGAUGAUGUGCAAAAGACAAUGGCUAUUUUUUCAGAAAUGAAAGCACAGGAUGGCGAGUUCACGUACAAUGUUCAGGUAGAUGAUGAGAGUAGGAUACAGACGCUUAUGUGGACAAACGGUCGUAGCAAAACACAGUACCAUCACUUUGGUGAUGUAGUCACGUUUGACACAACAUACAAAACAAACCUUUAUGAUAUGCCUUUUGGGCUGUUUGUGGGGGUGAAUAAUCAUUUCCAGAGUGUGCUUUAUGCGGGGGGUUUUGAUGCGAGAUGAGACUGAGGAUACAUUUAAAUGGAUUUUCGAUGAAUUUGUGAAGAUGAUGGGUGGUAAAAAACCAAUUACAAUUUUAACAGGUAAUGGGAUCAUCUACCAAACGUAAAAUCUGUUUAUAUCGUUUGAAGUCCCGCAAACUAGUUUCAUGACCUUUUAUGUUUCCUUGGCGGAUCAAGCAAGAGCAAUGGAAAAGGCGAUCAAGGAGGCGUAUCCCGAUUCGACACAUCGCUGGUGCAAAUGGCACGUCUGAAGAAGGCUAAAGAAAACCUGGGUGCUCAUUACACCAAGAAGUCAGAUUUCAGGGCUGAAUUCCACAAGCUUGUUCAUGAGAUGCUGACUAUUGGUGAAUUUGAAGACGGCUGGGCAGCACUGCUUGACAGAUAUUCACUGAAAAACAAUCCAUAUCUCACGCAGAUAUACGAGACUAGGCAGAAAUGGGCAAAACCUUACUUUGCCGGGAAAUUUUGUGCUAGGCAAACCAACACUGGCACGAGCGAAAGUGCAAACCACAUGUUGAAGCAGUAUGUCCCUCCGUCUUGUUCAAUGAAUCUAUUUGUCAAACAAUACAGCAAGCUCCAGUUGACCGAAAACAGGAGGAAGGAUUUCAAGAGAAACGUACAAGACUGGCUCACGCUAUGCUCAAGGUGAAUACCGCUCUUGAAGUCCACGCGAGCAAGAUAUAUACCAGGAAGAUGUUUGACAUUUUUGGGGGGAUACUGUAUGAAUCUGGAAGAUAUGAUGGCGAAGAAAUCAUAGCAAAGCAAAAGUACAUAGUGACACACCAGAAAGCUGAGCACCAUGAAAAGUGGUUUAAGUGCCGUUUUGAGGUUAAUGUGACUGACAACCUUGGUUACUUUUCGUGCAUCUGUGGCCUGUUCGAGAACAUGGGCAUGGUUUGCUGUCAUUCGUUGCAGAUACCUCCCAGGCACAUUUUGAAAAGAUGGAGCAUACACGGUAGAGACAAUCUGCUUGGGCACCUGAAGCACUAUCGACAAGACAUGGGGCCGCCGGAUGCACCCACUUUCAUGCAUUCUGCUCUGUACAUCACCACGCUGGAGGUUGCAAACAUGGGCGAUGGGAACCCGACAGCUUUUGAGUUUAUGAUGUUGGGCCUAGUUGAACUGAGAACAAGAGGCGCUGAGGUAUGUGCGUUCAACGAUGGGCUGGGGGUCGUUGAGCAGCAGGUCUCCAACAAUGCAGAUCCCAGAGGUCCGAAGUUCAAGACAAUUUCCUCUGUAAGAAGUGUGGAAGGCAAUCGAACCAAAUCACGUCAUGCCACGUCGGUGUCCGUGCAUCCUCCAAUGAGUCAGGCCUCUGAAGCAUCAUGCCCGAAUGGUGAUGGGUACAAUUCAGAUUUCUCCGAGGCCGCAUCACGCCUAAUGACCAAUGCUGAAGAAGAAUUUCUUGCACCGGAAAGAAACAACAAACGAGGCCGACCAACUACCAGCCGUGACAAAGCUCCUUAUGAGAAGGACAACGCAAAAAGGUCUAGGUUCUUGUCGGAUUUCGGUUUCCGGCAGACCCUUAAGGUUCGAACUCUGGGGUGCGCGCGGAGAUCACUCCCCCUAUCAACUCAUGUCUUGUCGCCUCGGAAGGGAUCUAAACUACACGAAGAACAACACAAGGGACAAGAGGUUUAUACUAGUUCGGGCCACCAUUGUGGUGUAAUACCCUACUCUAGUUUGUGGUGUGGUGGAUUGCCUCAGGGGCUGAUGAUGAACAAUACAAAGGAAGAACUGCCUCGCGAGGGGAGGAGUUCUUGUGCUGGUGGUUCUGGCUAGGCUCGAUCGGUCUCUUCCAUAUUAGGAUCCCAUGCCUCUAUGCUAUGGUGGCUAGCCCUAUUUGUAGAGCGAGGCCCUGGUCCUCUUCCCAAAUAUUGAGCAGAAAGGGCGCCAA